AUGUUGAAAUUGGAAAGGCUACUCACUAUCAUUUACAUUCUGCUGUUAAACCUUUGCUAUGUCACUUCAACCUUCCAAGAUUUUCUAAAUCUGCUGAAGAUUGUAGAAGGGGAUAGGAUAGAAUGUGUUCAUACCAUUUCUCAGUCUGGAAUAUAUACUUUUAAAUCGGAUCCAAGAUUACCUGAAUCUGAAUGUGACAUUACUUUGGAAGUGCCCGAAGGAAGUAUGGCAUAUGUAAAACCUUCAGAAAGAACAUGCGAGACAACGUCAAGCACGAACAUCUCUGCAAUGUGUGAUCGACCACAUCAGGAAGAGCAACUCGGCGCCGGCCGGCAUCAUUUCCUAUUUGAGGCUGCCGAAUCAGUGACCAUCAGUAUUCAAAUCACUGCGUUUUUCAGACUUGGUUGUGCGGAAUGGGCCAAGAAUUUGAGGGAUCUAGUAAACACUACAGUGGUUCUUGAGAACAAUUUGAAUAGCAAGUACUGUAUGAUUCAACUUCCUCCUUCAUUGGAAAUCACAUGGGUCAACUACGAGUCAACAAAUAGGAAAAAGCCGUGUUGCCCAGAUGUAUUUACGGCGUCUGCAGAUUUUAAUCAAAAUCCAAUAGCAUACAGUGAUUCAUAUUCUGCCUGUGAUUUACGUACAACUCGACCAUCUGUGAUAACACGCUGUGAAACCACAUUCAUGUAUUUGAGACAAUCCGCUAAAAACGACCGUAUCUAUUUCCGGAUACAAGUAAGACACAAGAAAACAAUGGAUAGCUGUGUUCCGAGUAUCGAAGAAAUCGAACCCAGCGACUUCACAUGUAUCAAAAAACCGAAGACCAGUCGUUCUCGUUCCAAGCUUCUUUUCGUGUAG